AUGACUCGCGGUAACCAGAGAGAAAAGGCGCGCGAGAAGAAUCUCAAGGAGCAGGCCGCAUCCAAGAAGAAAAACACAAUCUCGGGGACCGAGUUCCAACGUACGAAGGAGGCACAAGCCGCCAUUAUGCGCGAGAAACAGGCCAAAGCUGAGGCCGCGAAGGCGCAAGGGGCAGCGCCUCCGAAGAAGAAAUAA